AUGGAGAAGAUCAAGACCUUGCUCGUUGCAAACCGCGGCGAGAUCGCCGUCCGCAUUUGCAAGACGGCACGUAAACUUGGCAUCAAAACCAUCUCCAUCUAUACCGGCGCCGAUGCUGCGUCUGCCCACGUGGGAGCAGCCGACGAAGCCGUCCUCCUUUCUGGACCUGAUGCAAAAGGCUACAUCGACGGAGAGCACAUUGUCGAAAUAGCAAAGUCGAAAGGUGCUGACGCUGUGAUCCCUGGGUAUGGUUUCCUUUCUGAGAACACCGACUUCGCACGCCAUGUUGCAGACGCUGGCAUGGUCUUCGUAGGACCAAGUCCUAAAUGUAUCGAGGACUUUGGUAUCAAACAUACCGCACGUGAACUGGCGGAAAAGGCAGAUGUCCCCAUCGUCCCAGGAAGCAAAGGCCUGAUCAAUUCAGAGGAAGAAGCGGUGGCAGAGGCCAAACGUUUAGGGUAUCCGGUCAUGCUCAAAGCUACAGCAGGCGGAGGCGGUAUGGGUUUGAUGGCAUGCAGUGAUGAGAAGGCGGUCCGAGAGUCGUUCAAGACAGUCAAGUCUCGCGGCGAGACGCUGUUCAAAAACUCGGGCCUCUUCAUGGAGAGAUUUUAUCCAGCCGCCCAUCACAUCGAAGUCCAGGUGUUUGGUAACGGCCAAGGUCAGGCCAUCCACUUCGGCGAGCGCGAGUGCUCCAUUCAACGUCGACAUCAGAAAGUCAUCGAGGAAUGUCCGAGUCCAUUCCUGCCUAAACAUCCCGAGCUUCGUGAGAAGCUGGGAUCUGCAGCUGUCCGGCUUGCUGAGUCGAUCAAAUACGGAUCAGCGGGCACGAUUGAAUACCUUGUCGACGACGAGUCUGGAGACUUCUUCUUCCUUGAGAUGAACACGCGGCUGCAGGUGGAACACGGCAUUACCGAACUAUGCUACGGCGUGGAUUUGGUGGAACUGAUGCUCAAGCAAGCCGAUGCCGAACUAAGCGGCAAAAGUGGCCUUGCCGGCGACUAUCUUCACAGCCUUCAGCCGAAAGGUCCCACUGGAGCGGCCAUCGAAGUCCGAGUGUACGCUGAAAACCCGGCAAAGAACUAUGCUCCGUCUCCAGGAACGCUGCAACAAGUGUCGUGGAAGGAAGUGCCAGGGUCGAGAAUUGAUGGCUGGGUCCAUACUGGCACCAAAGUCACCUCGUUCUACGACCCGCUCCUGGCCAAGGUGAUGGUGCAUGCGCCUAACAGGACCGAGGCCAUCAAGCGAAUGUCCGAGAUGCUCGAGGGCUCCAAGAUCUUUGGGCCGCCCACCAACAUUGAAUUCCUGGCGGAGAUUCUCGAAGACAGCACAUUCCAAAGCGGGAGAACCAUCACCAAGUUCCUCGACACAUUUGAGUACAAGCCUCAUGCGAUCGACGUGCUCCAAGGCGGAGCGUACACUCUGGUUGAAGACUGGCCUGGUCGCCCAACAGUCGGUAAAGGGUUCUCGCACUCCGGGCCAAUGGAUCCAGUGGCCUUCCGCAUCGCCAACGCUCUUGUGGGCAAUCCCACGGGCAAAGAAGGGCUCGAGAUCACACUGAGCGGACCGGACCUCAGAUUCCUCGGGCCAGCAAUAGUGGCCCUCUGCGGAGCACCAAUGGAUGCCAAGUUGGACGGCAAAUCGGUGCCCAUGUGGACUCGAAUCAAGAUCAAGGCCGGGCAGCGGCUGACGAUAGGGAAGACGACCGGCGGCGGAUGCAGAUCCUACCUGGGCAUCUACGGCGGUCUGCCCAGCAUAGCUACCUGGUUUGGGUCCAAGUCUACGGCGCCCAUGACAAGCGUGGGCGGCUACCAAGGGCGAGCACUUGCUGCAGGCGAUCUUCUGAUGAUUACCAAAGAUGUACCGGAUGUCCAAGGUGAACUGAAGCUUCCGGACCACCUGAUCCCUGCGUACCCUGCUGAAUGGGACUUGUUCGCCAUGCCGGGACCGUACGACGAGGGCUACAUCACGCCCGAAUCGAUCGAAGAGUUCUACAACAGCACCUACACGGUCUCGCACAACGCAGCCCGCGGCGGGAUUCGACUGCUAGGCCCGAAGCCUAAAUGGGCUCGCCCUGACGGUGGCGAAGGAGGGUCUCAUCCGUCCAAUGUCAUCGAGUACGGGUAUCCUGUCGGCAGUCUCAACUGGACGGGCGAUGAUCCAUGUUUGUUCCCCGUGGACGCACCGGACUUUGGUGGGUUCGUGUCUGCCACGACCAUCGUCAAGGCCGACUACUGGCGAAUGGGCCAAAUGAAAGCCGGCAACAAGCUGCGCUUCCGGCGAAUCUCGUACGAAGACGCGAUCGCCCUGCGAAAGGAAGUCGAGUCCUUCCUCGAGCGGAUCCACGAGGCAUGCAACGGGAAAGCCAAGUUCGAGGACAUUUCGCCCUUGAAAUACGAGGGACUCCCCCCUUCCACCCAGAACAAAGGGUGGGAACGUGCCGUGAUCCACCAGAUUCCCGAAAAGGGCAAUCAACCACUGGUCUCGUAUCGACAGGGCGGCGACGACUUUAUCCUAAUCGACUACGGCCAUGGGUCCUUCGACCUCAACUACCGAUGCCGCGCUGUGGCCUUGUACCGCAAACUCAAGGAGGGCCGUGGCGAGAUAUCGUUUGAGAACGGCGUGCUGCACACCGGCAUGGCCAGUGGCAAUUCGCUUACUAUCUACUUCGACUCUCUCAAGGUGCCCAGACAGAAGAUGAUGGAGCACCUUCUCAACCUCGAGACCGAGCUCGGCGACUUGAGCGAAGCCAAGUUCCCCAGCCGCAAAUAUAAACUACCCAUCACGUUUGAGAGCGAGCGCCAGAAACAGAGUAUCCAGCGAUAUAUCGAGACGCAACGGCCCUAUGCGUCGUAUUUGCCUGAUCCCAUGGAGUUUGUCGCAAAGAAUAACGCAAUGACCAUACAGCAGCUCAAGGACAUCUUCACCAAAUCGUCCCUAAUGGUCGUCGCAGUCGGCUUCUUCGUAGCCCUGCCAAUCGCACUCCCCAUCGACCCCCGGCAACGGAUCCAAUGUCCGAAAAUGAAUCCAUCUCGCGUCCACACGCCUGAAGGCCAAGUCGGCUGGGGCGGGUCUUGCAUGGCCAUCUACAACGUCGAAUCGCCUGGCGGAUACAUGAACACGGGCCUGUCAAUCCCCGGCGCCGAUAUCUUGGGUUACAAGAAGGGAUAUAGUCCCGACAAACCCUGGCUGUUUGAGGACUUUGAUCAAAUUACGUUUUAUGAAGUCAGCCAGGACGAAUACGAGGAUAUGAUGGCCACGUUCCGAAGCGGCCGGUACGAAUACCAGUACGAAGACACCGUGUUUGACAUGAAGGAACAUAAUCAGUUGUUGCGCGAUACAAAGGACGAGGUCGCCCAGAUCCGCGCGAGGCAGCGAGAAGCGCAGGCCGAAAUGGGGAAAUUGGAACAGGAGUUGCUGGCUAAAUGGAACAAGGAGAAGGAAGCUGGCAAAGUCAGCGUCGAUACUGUUCAGGAGUUGUUGCAUGAUCCAAACAUCAUUCCCGUCGAGGCCCCUCUCAACGCCAACGUCUGGAAAGUCGAGGUCAAGGAAGGCGACGUCAUCAAGGCCGACCAAGUCGUUUCCAUCCUCGAGGCCAUGAAGCUCGAAAUCCCCGUCAAGGCCGAGUCCAGCAUGGAAGGCGCAAAGGUCGAGAAAUUGGUCGUCAAGCCGAAUGAUGUUAUUGAGGCCGGGAAGCCGCUGAUGUUGCUGAGGAAAUCAGGGUAA